AGACGUAUUGCACGCGCUUCCAUCGCGAGUCGGCAUGGAGCAUUGGCCCUUGACCGCCAGAAGCUCCGACCUGGAGGAUCAGGACUCGGAGGAGUCCCAGAUCUCCGUGCCGGACGGCGCGCAGGGCCGGCCCAUCGGCCGGAACUUGUACGCGCUGCUCAUCUCGGAGGUGACCCAGGACUACGUGCGCUUCUGGAAGGGCACCAACAGCCCCCGGGUGAGGCUCUGCCGCAUCGCCUACUCCGUGUCUCUGAUCCUCGCGGUGCUCCUCUUGCAGAUUUUCUUGCUGUACGCCAUUUUCGUGUUCCUGUGCGAGCCCUCCGUGAAGCACAUCCGCUUGCUCUACAGCAAGUACGAGAAGACCAUGUACGGGGAUCAGGCUCUCCAGUCUGGGGGCUUUUGGCGCGGCGCGGAACAUGCGCAGAUCAACGAGACGGCGUUCACAGCGCUGUCACCGGAUGACCAGUUCAAGCUCUGCAACUUCCCCUUGUCCCAGCCCGUCUUCACAGGGGCCAUCAUCCUUAUUUGGACCUUGACCUGUGUGGCGGAGAUUCGCUCUGCCACCAACCUGGCCUUGACGCUGCUUUGGAGCGUGCCCAAGGCUGAGGAGGUGUCGCAGUGCAUGACGCACGGGGAGAAGAGCCGCACCAUCGUGGGCUUGACGCGGGUCAUGAAGGCCGGGCUGCUGCUGGGCUGUUUUCUGCCGCGGGUCUUGGCGGCGAUGCUGCUGAACUACUUGGGCUGCCGCUGGAUCGUGUCCUCCACGGACCUGUCGGCGCUUUUUCUGGACUCGCUGGCCUUGGAGUUCAUCGUGCUUUUGCCGGAGCUGCUCUACCGAACCUUCGCCUCUGAGCGGAGCAUGCUGAGCACGGAGUCCACCUUUGUGCAGCCAGGGGAGAUGAGCGGGGUGUCUGCGGCGGACAUCACGGCCGUCGCCACCUGGGGCCUCCUCUCCCUGUUCUGGACGGUACUCUACAUGGCCUCACUACAACAAGUACUGCCAGGUUACCGCUGGGAUGUUCACUCCGUUUGCCAGAAGUAUGCGGACAUCCUCAUCGUCCCUUGAGCCCAAACACCAUGUGGGUAUGUCUUAGAAUAAGACCCCU